AUGUUAAGUUCACUCAUAAAGUUAAGUGUUUUGAUGAUAGGACUAAGUCAUGCCAGCGUACCUAGCUGUCAUCAGUUGCAGAAAUCUCAAAUGGCAUCACUCCACGAACGAAUGAACCAAAUGAUCAGUGCACUAUACUCAUCACCUUUCUUGAACAAAUCGCAGGGCCCGAACUCGUCAAGUCCACCGACUUACUCUACAUCAGCAUCAACACCCGACUACACAGGCAACACAGCGCAAGCAUACGACCCUAACUACGGCUACCCUCAUAAUUACCCACCCCCCGCUUACCCAGCACCACCCCCGAAUAGCCCUCAAUACGUCUAUGUUUCAUCAUCACAAGGCGCUCCAUCUGCCGUCUCCAUAUCACCGCCAACACCCAAUAAUCCAACUGUAACGAUAUCCUCCACUACAUAUCAGACCCCACCAUAUUACCCUCCAGAAUCUAAUCAGCCUUCGGAAAACCCAUACAGUCAGAGUCCUGCAUGGCCUCAAUAUUACGAGCAACCAUACCCGUAUCCGCCGGCUUCGUAUCCACCACCUCCUUAUCCAUCAUCAUACCCUAAUCCUCCUCAACAGUACCCGCCUUCCAAUCCUCCGUCUUAUACACCUGCGCAAUACCAGCCACCUCCACCGCCUUCAUAUCCCCCUAGUACUCCACAAUAUCCUCAACCGCAAUACCAGCCUCCUAACACAGCUCCACAACACCCACAGCCGUGUCCCAACAAUCCUCCGGCGCCUUAUCCAAGCACUCCUUCGCCUUCAUACCCUCCUAGUACAUCGAACACUUAUUGCCCACAAUGUUCCUGCUCGUCACCACCCCAACCUGAUUAUCCUGCCCCACCCUGUUCCUGUUCACACUCGUCUUACCCGCCACAACCUGCUCCCGUGUGCCCCACUUCUCCUGUUUAUAGUCCCCAGUAUUACAAAGCGCAGCCUUAUCAAGUUCCCAAUAGCAUGAUCCCAUCCUACCCACCAGUGCCUUUUACUGAUUCUUCCUAUUACUCCUAG